AUGUGGGUGUUAGCUUCUAAAGGUCAAUUGAAGCACAGCGGUUGUAACACGUCCCCAAAAUACCAUUACUCACAGUUGUCGAGUGUUGCCUACCCGCCGUUCGAUUUCCCAACCAUGCCAGCGUCAGAUUGCUGUUCUCGAUGUUGGCAAGCGAUAUUUAAUUGCUUCAAAUUAAUAUGCCCCUCGGUUAAAUAUCCACGCGAUGGUUCCUCCUCAGAGACCUCAGAGAAUGAUUUUAUUAAACGACUUCCCAAACUCGACUCUUGGCAUUACCAACCACCCGUAGGUUCCGCAUUUCCUGCAAGGCUAGACAAAGAUCUGGAACACAGCAGUGAUAAUACCUCAAGUGAGACUGCGGAGAAUGAUUUCAUUAAAGGACUUCCCAAAGACGACUCUUGGGACUACGAACUCAAGCAGCCUUAG